AUGCUGCGUUGGUUCACCACCGGGAUCUUGUUUGCAUCCUUCCUGGGGCUGGGAAUGAGUGUUGCUAUACUGGGACCCACAUUUCCAGAUUUGGCAAUAAAUGUGAACCGAAAUAUCAGUAGUCUUUCUUUCAUUUUUGUGGGCCGUGCUUUUGGAUAUUUGAGUGGCUCUGUGAUUGGUGGAGUUUUUUUUGACAUGAUGAAUCACUUUUUACUUUUGGGUGGUAACGUGCUUAUCUUGGCUCUCUGGGGGGACAAAGGAGCCCCACAUAUGCAGGCCUUACACUUCUGUUUUGCCUUGGGUGCCUUUUUGGCUCCACUGCUAGCUAAGCUGGCCUUGGGGACGGCGCUGCCUGCUGAAAACCGCACAGAGUCUGACUUCCCCCAGCCUGCACUCAACCAGUCAUCUGAAGCCGACUCGGGACCUCUGUUCGGAGUACCUGCUGAUAUGAAUUUACUGUGGGCUUAUGCUAUUAUUGGUACUUACAUUUUAGUAAUUGCCAUCCUUUUAUUUGCUCUGUUUUUAAAGAAAAGCUCAAAGCAGGAAAAAUCAAAAGCUUCUGCUCAGACAUUUCGAAGAGCUAAGUACCACAAUGCCCUCCUUUGUCUCCUCUUCAUAUUCUUCUUUUUUUAUGUUGGCGCUGAGGUGACAUAUGGCUCUUACGUUUUCUCAUUUGCAACCACUCAUGCUGGCAUGAAAGAAAGCGAAGCAGCUGGGCUGAACUCCAUCUUCUGGGGGACCUUUGCGGCCUGCCGGGGCAUGGCGAUCUUCUUUGCCACAUGUUUACAACCUGGAACCAUGAUUGUGUUGAGCAACGUUGGCAGCCUGGCUUCAUCUUUAUUUCUGGUGCUUUUUAACAAGAACCCAAUUUGUCUCUGGAUUGCAACUUCAGUGUAUGGCGCCUCAAUGGCAACCACAUUUCCCAGUGGUGUUUCGUGGAUUGAGCAGUACACAACCAUCCAUGGGAAAGCUGCAGCAUUUUUUGUAAUUGGUGCUGCCCUGGGAGAAAUGGCUAUUCCUGCAGUAAUUGGAAUUCUUCAAGGAAAAUACCCUGAUUUGCCUGUAGUUCUGUAUACUUCUUUGGGGGCAUCAGUAGCCACUGGUAUUUUAUUUCCUGUGAUGUAUAAAUUAGCCACUUCACCUCUUCAUCGCCAGCAAAAAGAAAACAGAAAGAGUGAGGACCAGAAAGCUCUGCUGUCUAGCUCUGGGCUAAACGACUAUGAGGAAGAGAAUGAAGAGGAGGAGGCAGAAAAAUGGAAUGAAAUGGAUUUUGAAGUGAUUGAAAUGAAUGAUACAAUGAGGCAUUCUGUAAUAGAGACAUCUAGAAAUAUUUGGACGGAGCCCACAGCUGAAGUCUCCAACCAAUCCUUCUCAAAUGCAUUAGUGUUUGAGUCCUUUCCCAUUGAUACCGGCAACUCCCCUAUGAAGCACCUUACCAGAAACCAGGACAAAAGGGACUAACAAUUAGAAAAGAUGGAUUAUUCACUGACAUUUUAAAUAUCAUCACUUCUAAAGAUGUCAGUCAGAACAGAGCAUUAGCAGAUUUUCACCAUGCUUUGGGGAUUG